CGAGAGGCGUUACUUUUCUAUAUGAUUUUUAUAGAGAUUUCCGCUUCCUGCUACUUUUAAAACGCUCAGCUGAUCACAAGCCGGUGUUGCUGAACAGACAGUCGAGCGCUGAGAAAAAAAAACUCCAUGACUGGAAUAAAUGAAGGGUUGAGCGGAGGCGGGAACGUAAACGGGCUCGUGCCAUGAACGUGUCAUUAUUUACUCAGACCACACUCGCGAGCGAGCGUAUAAACUGACCAAGAUUGACAACACAGAUCUCGAGACUUCAGCAUGUCGGAACGAGGAGGGAUUCAGCAGCGACCGGGAGCUCCAUCUCCCCACCUGCAUUCUCUUAGGUCGGUCACGAUUUCUUCGAGUCGCCCGUUUCAGAUGAACCUGUUCGCGACAUGGGAGAUUGACAGUUCAUCCCCGAGCUGCGUGCCCAGACUUCUCAGUCUAACUCUCAAAAAAUUAGUGAUUUUGAAAGAGCUGGACAGAGACCUUACAUCAGUGGUCAUUGCAGUCAAACUUCAGGGCUCAAAGCGUAUUUUGCGUUCAAAUGAAAUCAUGCUGUCCUCAUCUGGGCUUACAGAGACUGAUCUUCAGCUCACCUUUUCCCUGCAGUAUCCACACUUCUUGAAGAGAGAUGCCAACAAGCUUCAGAUCAUGCUUCAGAGGCGCAAGCGGUACAAGAAUCGCACUAUACUGGGCUAUAAGACUCUUGCACUAGGACUGAUAAACAUGGCUGAGGUGAUGCAGCACCCUACAGAAGGUGCUCAUGUGUUGGGUUUGCACACAACAGUGAAGGACACAGCAGUGCUUGUUGCUGAGAUCCGGGUGGAUUCUCUCUCCAGUCAGCCCAUCGACCCGGAGGGACCAAAGGCCAAACUAUCAGAUCGUUCACCAGACAUUGACAAUUACUCUGAGGAGGAAGAGGAAAGCUAUUCGUCUGAGCAGGAUGGCAGUGAUGACCCCCUACAGGGGCAGUACCUUUACGAUGACGAGGAUGAGCUGAGGAAGAAGAAACCUCGUCGUAAACUCCCUUCCACAGCCUCCAUCACCAGAGCUAAUCAACCCAACAUCAAACAGAAGCUUUUGGCAUUGGUGAAAUGGUUCAAAGUGUCUGAUGAGGUGGGGUUUGGUUUGGAUCAUGUGUCCCAGGAGCAGAUCCGGGAUGUGGAAGAGGACCUGGAUGAGCUCUAUGACAGUCUUGAAAUGUAUAACCCGAGUGACAGUGGCCAAGAGAUGGAAGAAACAGACAGUGUUCUCAGCACCCCCAAACCAAAACUUCGGCCGUUUUUUGAAGGUAUAUCGCAGUCCAACUCUCAGAUGGAGUUUGGUCACUUGAAUAGCGGGUACAGCCUCAGCAAAGAACGACUGAGCCCUAAGAGCGAACGGCUUGUAUCUGUUAAAAUCCAGCGUUCCCCCAGUGCACACCUGGAUGAUGUUUUCUCAGAGAUGGACACACUGAAACAAAAUGAAGUGGAGGUGAUGGGAGACGGCACCCCUAGUAUCACAGUAUCUGUGGCGGAGAGGCCCCGGACCCCACUGAGGAGCAGUAGCAACAACAUGCCAUCUCCCAGGCUAGAUGGUGGUCACACCCCCAAAAUGAUUCGAGGGACCCCAAUGAAAGAGAGACAGCUGUCCAAACCGCUUAGUGAGUGCACAAACAGCUCGGACAGUGAGAAAUCACCUGAGUUCAGCCUUACCCCUCAGAUGCCGAGGAAGGUAGUGUAUGACCAGCUGAACCAGAUCCUGCUGUCAGACAUCACCCUUCCCGAUAGCCUCAUCCUGGUGAACGGCAGCGAAUGGCAAGGACAGUAUGUGACUGAGCUACUGCAGGCCCAGAAUCUACCGGUGGUUUGCACCUGCUCUGGAUCAGAAAUCCAGGCCGUCCUUUCUGCCCUACUCACACGCAUACAGAAAUUCUGUAACUGUAACUCUGUCAUGCCCAAACCGGUAAAGGUGGUGGCGGUUGGAGGUCAGAGCUACUUAGGAGCCAUCUUGAGAUUCUAUGUCUUUCAGCUGGCCAACAAGAUGUCUGACUGGCUCAGCCACAUGAGGUUUCUUGUGGUGCCUUUAGGCUCUCACCCUGUGGCCAAACACCUGGGUUCACUGGACAACCGCUACAGUUCUUCCUUCUUGGACAGCUCAUGGAGAGAGUUAUUUAGCCGGUCUGAGCCUCAUCAGACUGUCUCAUCCUCUGCUGACUAUGUGGAUGUGGGGGGACGAAUUCUACAGUACAUCAAUGGAUCUACAAUCACUCAUCAGCUCCCUAUUGCUGAGGCCAUGCUGACCUGCAAACAUAAGACGCAAGAGGAUGAUUCUUACCAAAGUUUUGUUCCUUUUGUGGGUGUAGUCAAGGUGGGAUUGAUUGAGCCCAGUACAGGAUCUCCAGGUGGCGAUUAUGAGGAGGGAAUGGUUUUCAAUUUAGCAGUUCCCUUAACCUCUCCCCCUGCAUAUGGAUCAGCCACUGGUAUGAUGAAAGAUUCUGCCACGCCGCCCCCAUCACCAUCACUAAGCAGUGGAUUGGCUGCUCUGGGAAGCCCCAGCAUGUCUCACGGGGUGGAUGCCAUUGGGCUGCAGGUGGAUUACUGGGUAUCUUCAGGGCUUGAGAAGCGUAAAGAUGGAGAGCGGAGAGACACGGGCAAUAAGAACACUUUGAAGUGUGCAUUUCGAUCCCUGCAGGUCAGCCGGCUGCCCUGCUCUGCCUCUAGUGAGCUCCAGUCUGGCUCCAACACCAUGUCCAUGACUGUAGUAACAAAGGAGAAGAACAAAAAAGUCCCAACCAUCUUCCUUGGUAAAAAGCCUAAAGAGAGAGACACUGAGUCAAAAAGCCAGAUCAUUGAAGGCAUCACCAGACUUAUCUGCUCAGCCAAGAAUCAACAAACUAGUCUCAGAGUGUCUGUAGAUGGAAUGGAGUGGAAUGAUGUCAAAUUCUUCCAGCUUGCAUCUCAGUGGCCCACUCAUGUGAAGUACAUCCCAGUUGGGCUGUUUGGCUACAACAAACCAUCCUCUUAAUUACCUUGGGCCAAAACAUGGAAGUUUCAAGAUUCCUGAACCUGGAUGGCCUUAAUUCCAAACAGAGGGCCAGUUGUUCUUCUUGAGGUGGAAAUGCUUAAUGUAGAUGAGAUACUAGAUCCAAAUUGAGAGAUCUAGAAAUCCUCCCCAAAAUAAGAAAACGUUGGUAGUUGGUAAGAUAUUUGAUGACGUGUUUGGCCUUUAGAGGUCCAGGGCCGACAAAAAGACAUCAGGAUGGAUCAUAAGUGAUUUGAGGAUGAUAUUUCUGAACUUUUUUUUUUGAGUGUUUUGUCUGCAAUGCAAUAUAACAUGCAAUUAUUUUUGUAUUGAGUUUAAAUGUCACUUGAUAUUAGUGAUCCAAUAUGUCUGUUUUCUCAAAUGAAGUUGUCAUUCAUUAGGUGUUCCUUAGGUGUAUGAAUAUGUGUGAUUAUUUUACAUCAAAGUAGAGUUGAAUUGAGUAAUCUCAAGUGAUCCAUACCUUACUGAAUAAUCUUGCACAUUCAAUGCUUUGUAAAGCCACAUUUCUGUAAAAAAAAAAAAAAAGCCUUUUAAGAGAUAUUGAAUAUUUUUUUUGUAUGUUUGAAGUAUACUGUCUACUUGUAUUGAAAUAUAUUGUAUAUUUGUUUGUGUAUGAUGUGAUUUUGUUAUGUAUGCAUACCAUAUAUAUGUAUAUACAUACACACAAGCACAGCUGAAGUCAGAAGUUUACAAAUGCUUAGGUUGAAGUCAUUAAAACACAUUUUGUGGGUACAUAAACACAUUUUUUAAUGAAGUUAUUAAAACAAAAUAUUUGGCUCAAUCACCACCCCGAUUGAGGCGAGUCACUACGCUACCACAAUGAUCUAGGGCGCAUCGGGCAUUCCUUAUUGGGGAGAGGGUUAGUUUGUGAAGAUGCUGGAGGAAACCGGUAGACAAGUCUAUAUCCACAGUAAAAUGAGUCCUAUAUCGACAUAAUCUGAAAGACUGCUCAGCAAGCAAGAAGCCACAGCUCCAAAAACACCAUAAUUAAGCCAGACUACAGUUUUUCAAGUGCACAUGGGUACAAAGAUCGUACUUUUUGGUAAAAGUCCUCUGGUCUGAUGAAACAAAAUUUACCUGUUUGGCAAUAAUGUCCUUCGUUCUGUUUGGAGGAAAAAUGGUGAGGCUUGCAAGCUGAAGAACACCAUCUCAACCAUGAAGCAUGGGGGUGGCAGCAUCAUAUUGUGAGUGACUUUGCUGCAGGAGGGACUGGUGCACUUCACAAAAAAGAUGGCAUCAUGAGGAAUUAAAAUUAUGUGGAUAUAUUGAAGCAACAUCUCAAGAUAUCAUCCAGGAAAUUAAAGUUAAAGCUUGCAAAUGGGGCUUCCAAAUGGACAGUGACCCCAAGCAUACCUCCAAAGUUGUGUAAGGAUAACAAAAUCAAGGGAUUGGAUCAGCCAUCAAAAAGCACUAACCUCAAUCUGAUAGAUAAUUUGUGGGGAGAACUGAAAAUCAUGUGCGAGCAAGGAGGUCUAGAAACCUGACUCUGAAGUUCUAGCUGGAGGAAUGGGCCAAAAUUCCAGCAACUUAUUGUGAGAAGCUUGUGGAAGGCUACCCAAAACUUUUGACCCAAUUUAAACAAUUUAAAGGGAAUGUUAAAAAAAACAAUGUGUAUGUAAACUUCUGACCCACUGUCAAUGUGAUGAAAGAAAUCAAAGCUGAAAUGAAUCAUUCUCUUUAUUUUAAGAAUGUGAAAUGUCAGAAUAAUAAUAGUUAUACUAACUGACUUAAUACAGGGAAUGUUUUCAAUGAUUAAAUGUUAGGAAUUGUGAAAAACUGAGUUUUAAUGUAUUUGGCUUAUGUGUAGGUAAACUUCUGACUUUAACUGUGUGUACUUACAGUACAUGCUUUAAUUGCCUAUAUAUACAAUGUGCUCUUCUAUCAGGGUUUGUCUAAGCUGCUAUUGACACCUAAUCCAUUGCACUGUGGUUUCUGAAUUUAAUCUAGUUGCCGUUAUUUAUUUGUUAGCUAUUAGUGAAGUCAUUACUGGUCUCUUCAUUCCUAAUGCCUUCCAUAAGCAAAUGUUAAAUAGCUAAUAUUAGGGGUAAACCUAACCAUAUGGUUCAAUAUCACACCUUCCAUGUGACAUAAGAAGACAAUUUCUGGAAAUUGUGUUGCCUUUCUUAAAAGAUUGUACAAACCAAGUUACUUUGCAUGCUAUUACAGUAUAUUUAAGGUUAUUUUAAUAACACACUCUACAUGAAAAGAGUCAGUAUUAUAUAUUUUCUUCUAAAAAGCUCUGUACAUGAAAUGUGAAAA